AUGUAUCGGGCUGCAGUGCGGACUCCCCCACGGCAGGCCUGGAGGAGCCUUUGUUCCCAGUCGUUCCAGACGGCCCCCGGUCGAUUUGCAUCAACAUCAGCCCCUGCGUACAAGCCGCGGACGUGGAAGGGCUCUGCCUUGAGAUGGGGCCUUGCUUUCGGCGCCGUGUACUAUUACAAUACCAGCUCUGUUUUUGCCGACGAAGCUACCGGCGUGCAAUCGACGGCCGCCCCUUCUGCCUUCACAGAGUCAGACAUGCCCACCGUGCACUCCGCCACUGAACAGAAGCGCAAGCAGCUCAAGCCCGCCCCUGAGGAGCGGGCAAAGCCAGAUGAGAAGAGCAGCCCAACCCCAGAGACGCAGCCCGGGACGGAGCCGCAGAACGCCGUCGUUGCGGCCGGAUCACCAGAGGCCCUCGAAGAAGAGGCCGGCCAAGAAGGCGCAUUCAACCCCGAAACAGGGGAAAUCAACUGGGACUGUCCGUGCCUCGGAGGAAUGGCACACGGUCCCUGUGGCGAGGAAUUCAAGGCUGCUUUCAGCUGCUUCGUCUACUCGACGGAGGAGCCAAAGGGAAUGGACUGUAUCGACAAAUUCCAAGGAAUGCAGGAGUGCUUCAGGAAAUACCCUGAUAUUUACGGCGCCGAGCUGUCCGACGAUGGCGAAGAGGCUACCAACGACCUAGGCCAAGUCCCGCGCGACGAGCCACGAGGGGCUCCUGCUCCAACUGCCACCAAGGACGACAGAUCCGGGACAGACAACCUGCCGGAGAUCAGGCCACUAGAGAACAAGGGUGUCCCAAAAAAGUGGGAAGACGCUACCGAUGCAGACAGGAAAGAUGCCAAGGCUGAGCAGCCCGGUGUUGUGGCUGAAGAAGAAAAAGAAAACAAGGUCGAGGAGAGCGGGGAGAAGUAG